AUGGUGGAGAAUACAACAUUGCCAGAGGAGACACUCCGCGCGCUGCGUCGGACGCGCAGCUUAUUUCUCUGCUGCCGCAAUCUGUUCUCCUUGAGCCACAUCCGCCACCUGGAGCACAUGACCCAACUCUCGUCGCUUAACGUGCACAUGAACGCCAUCUCGCGCCUGGAGUGCCUGGGGCACUUGCGUCAACUCACCGAGCUUGACGUGAGCGCCAACGAGUUGCGGGCCGUGGACGAAGACGCGUUUAAAGGGCUUCGUCAUCUGAAGCGUCUCAACCUCUCAAGUAACUUCUUGACGGUUGUCAACGGUUUCCAGCAUCUUCCUGCACUAGCGUGGCUCUCGCUUAGCUUUAACGAGCUUGAGGAUGUGCGGGGACUCCGUCGGCUGCCGUGUCCGCAGCAAUUGCUUCAUCUUGACAUCUGCGGGAACAAAUUGGCAGACCUGGCGGAGCUGGAGAAGUCGUUGGAAAAUUGUCGCGAGCUUCAGGACCUUCGCGUGGAAACCCCAAAGGCGGUGUUGGUUUUGCCAGCAGCUCCUCCACAGUUGCACCUGCGCGAAAACCCCUUUUGUCUCACGGAACCCAACUACACAGAGCGGCUGCUUCGGCGGUUUCAGCGACUUGGGGUGUUGAAUGGGGUGACGUGUGGCUGCGACCCCGCAGGAUCGCAGCCACGACGGAGGGAGCAUGCAGCAAGUAGCGGGGACGGCGACGACCAACUCCGCUGGCACCCGCUUGAUGUCACCUCCCCUGCGUUUGUUAGCCCCGACCUUCCUCCGCCGCGGCAGAGCGCGGAGGACGUCAAGUGUGACCCCUUUUCGGCGGGUGUGGCUCCCGCGAGUGCGUCGUGCGCGGCUGAAGACGUGACGUGCCUGUCGACCUCUACGACGGGCCCGAGCAGCAGCGACAGUCCCUGCAGCGGUGACCUCAAAAGGGAGAAGGCGGAGGGGCGUACUGCGUCCCCCCCAUGGCGCCUCAAGCGGGUGUCGCGCUCCGUGCUCACAAAGGUGUCUAUACCGCUUCACAAGGAGCUCCAUGUCUCGGGCGUGGAGGAGGGCGUUCUUCAAGAGGAGCUGCUGGCCAAAGCGGAACUCAUCGGGCACCUUCAGUUACAGUUUCAGCGCUCACAGGAGCAGCUUUCACUGCGUGUGGCCUUGGAGGAAGACCUGCGCCGCAGCUUCGAGGAGCUGCGACAGUCGCACAUUGCCCUUGUAGAGUCCACCAGCACGGAAAAGAAGCGUCUCUGCCGUCAGGUGACGGCCCUGAAGGAGGAGCUUUCACGCCGCUCUGAGGAGGCAGUUAUUCUGCAGCGGAAAAACCGGGUUGAGCUGGAGGAGCAGACAAAGUCGUUGCGUACCGCUCUGCUGCAACAGCAAAACGAGUCUGCCACCGCAAUGCGGCAACUGGAGGCGGAGGCCGCACGACUGCGUUGGGAGUCGAGCAACGAAGUCAUGGGACUGAAGACACGCCUUGAUGACGCCGUUCAACAGACUGAGUGGCUGGAGCAGCAGAAAGAAAAUGCACAGCUCCAGCUGAAGAAGUGGCGAGACGAGUCACAUAGCAGCAAGACGGCGCUAGUGGCGUGCGAGACGCAAUUGCAGUUUGUUGACAAAUCUCACCAACUAGAGUUGGCGGAGUCUCUGGCGCGACGCCAGUUGGAGUUUCUCGCGUGGAGCGGACUCGUAACCGCGAUAGCCGCACAACUGCACCUGCUGCAGUGCGAAAAUGAGUCUGUCGUGCUCAGCCGAACGAACACCGAGAAGGCGUGGGAGGAAUACGCCAGUUCUUUGCAGCAGCAUUACCGGGGGGCUUUACUGCAGUUACAGGCGGCAAAACGAUUAUCGCCAAGGGGCAUUGAUGUCGGUUGCGACCCCGUUGCUGAGCAUCUUCAGCAGCGAGCUGCGGGGGAGGAGGAGGAGCUGCAGCGGCUGCAAACCGCCCUCUCUCUCACUCGGCAGUCGGAGCAGUUGCUGUCGGUUGAAAACGAGCGCCUUUUGAGGUGUGUGGCGGACAAGGAACGCGAGCUGACGGAGGCGUCGCUGCGGCUUCAGCAGUCGGAUGCAGGGGCACGAAAGAUGAGGGAGGACCUCGAGCGGGAGCGCGACAACCUGCUCCGCACCCUCCACAACCUGCGGGAGACGGUUCAAAAGAAGGACGCCGAGUUUGACGAGCUGGAGGCGGAGGCCAAGCAGAAGAUUGACGAGAAGCGGUCCACCAUCGCCCGGCUGGAGGCACGCCUUGAGGACGCAGAGGAGGAGGCCGCCAACCACCGCUGUGAGGCCGCAAACCUCCGCAAGGUGCAGGAGGAGCUACAGCGCGUUUCCGCAGAGCUUCAGGCGAUGCAGCAGGAGCGCGUAGCGUCUGCAGCCGCGGUCGCGCCACGUCCUCCUGUAACGGAGGUUAUGGGGGCGCUGGAAGACGCAAAAGAAAAACUCGCGUCUUCUGCAGUGCGGGAGCAUCAGCAGUCCUUGAAACUGACGCGGGCUGCGGAGGCCUUGACACUUCUGCGCGGGCAACUUGCACGCGUGGAUGAGGACAAUUGUCGUCUGCGAAGGGUGCUUGACGAGAAGGUGGCUUUGCUGCAUGCGGCAGAGGCGGAGAAGGAGCAGUUGCAAGCACAGUGGCGGGAAACACAGGAAGCAGCCCGCGUUCGACAACGGGCAACGCUGCAGGCAAUCUCGCAGAUGAUGGUGAGUGAUGCUGAGCGUGGAACCUGA